AAUGGGGUGUUAAUAUUUCAGAGUAAAGUUAUUUUAACCCAGAUAGAGUAUUUUCAACAUUUUUGAGAGUAAAGUUGCUCUAUCAGUGGAGUUAAAAGUGAGUGUAAAAAUCUGCAGAUACGCAGUGACAAUUUCAACUCUACAGCAGUGAUGAAUACCCGCCACUCUGCUUUGCUGAAGUUUGGCACGUACGUUGGUGGAGGAAGAUUGCGAAGGAGUAGCUAGGCCACAGAUAUUGCUAGGUAAGUUACAUCCCCGUUUUUUCAACACCAAACCGGUAUUUUUUAACUUUACAUAAUUUUAGAGUUGUGCUGAUGUCAAGGUCAUAUUUUAAGUUACGAGUUCCAUGCGGCGGUCCCCCUUGCAGUGACCUCGUCAUCAGCCAGCUAAAUUAGCUUAGGCAAAAUGCUGUUGCGUGUUCAGCUCGGGGAAGAGCAGAAAUACGUCAAGCUGUCUGAGCUGACAUUCAAUGCUUUCUUGAAAGAAGUGUGUCUAAAAUUCAACAUACCAGAAAGCAGAAAGCCAGACAUUAAGGUGUAUGACCAGUCUGACACAGAAGUUGACUCAGAUGUUUUUGAAGAAUUAGUAAAGGAGUCACCUGGAACUUUCAGAAUCAUGCUGGGCAAUGGACUUGAUACCUCUCAUUCAUCAUCAUGCUCGGGUACAUCUGAUGACACCAUCAUUCUGAAUUUCACUGUGUGUGACGAUGUUGAAGAAGUAGCGGCUGGCGAAGGAAGCCAGCCUAAAAGGCCAUGCCACAUAAACUAUGAGGCAAAAGCACUGAUUGAAAAAAUCCUAACAUCAAAGCCUGGUGGUGAACGCAUUAUGCAAGAGUAUGGAAAAACCAAAUCUCUGACAGAUGCCACCAGAAGACAGAUGCUCAACAUACUUGCUGCUGAGAUGACAGAAACACAUGGGACAUCCCCCCCCAAAAGUGUCAGAGUGAUGUAUGCACAGGGGAUAGUAGCUUUGUUUCCCUAUCUAGAAGACCCAUACUCACAACAUGGAUAUGAUCAUUACUACGAUCCGGAGAGUGGUUCGGAUACCUUGCAUGGCGAUUGA